AUGUCAGUUACAUCAACCGCAACCACCACCGCCGCCUCCGCAACCUCCACCUGCCACCAAAAACUCUACGAGAUCCCCGUCAAAGAUGCCGCCUGCGCAAUGCCGAUGCAGGGCAACAACUCUGCAAUCAUGAGCAGCUGCUGCUCCUCCGCCUCCGUCGUCUCCUACAGCGACUGUGACUACUACUGUCUGGCCCAGGGCCAGAACGUCGGCGAUCUGGCCGAAUGUCUCCUCAAAGCAUCCGAGCCUGGAGAGGUAUGGUGCAACACCAACGCCAACGCGACGGCUACCGGUAGCGUUCCUACAACUGGCGCUGGCACUAUUGUCGCUACUGCCUCUGCAACUGGCUCGAGUGCGACUGGGACCAAGAGUUCUACUGGUGGGACCUCGACUUCUACUACCAAUGCUGCUGGGGCGAAGAAGUCGGUUGGAGUGCUUGCGCUCUUGCUAAGAGUAUAUAUCUUGAAUCCUUGA